AACUGAUGAGUUUUAUUUUAUUUAUAUCAUGUGAGAUUGACGACACAUCUUCAUAUGAACUGGUUGAAUAUUAGUUUAACAUGUCUGAAAUAAAAGACAACGAUGAAGCAUAACUAUUGUGUGUUUUGUGCACUUCAAGCUUUGGAUAAUGCUGACAUUUUCUUGGAUAACAGAAACAUGACUGUUGUCUUUUGUGCUUCACCAUUCUUCGAUAAUAAACUAUCUUUGUUUAACUAUGUUUCUGAAGUUGUAAAUACGGGGAAGUCACACUUAGCCCAAUAACAAGAAAAACAGGCAUACCAGUGAGAUUAAAUGUCGUAAGCAUCCAAUUAGGGUUUUCAUUUCCUGGUUUGUUUCUCUUGAUCUCCCUGAACGAUUCGAUAUAAUCUUGUAGCGGGUAUCGAUGGCGAUAACUGUCAAUCCAUAUUGAUGAUGAAAUCUACAAAUAAAACUGACAUGGAUGAGUCGAUAGUUGUUGACAUGGAAUGAUGGUUAUGUAUUUGUUCUUAGGAUUAAAACUGCACAAAGGAUGACAAAACUAAAUCGACACUGACGAUUCUUUGGUAGUUUAUAUGAGAAAAUAAUGGAGAUCAAUAAUUCCGAGUUAAUGUCGAUGGACGAAAAAUGGAAAAUCAUCUUCAGUGAGCAAACCCGGGCACCAUUAUUUGCUGUUGGUCAUUAUAUAACAUAUUUAAAGAAACAUGUUGAGAAUGAAAAGGGUCACAAACAAAAAACCAAAAAAUUAAAAGAUGGAAUUCAUCCGCUGUCAUAUCUUCUUCGAAAGCUGAAACUCGACUUGAAGAUGUCCUAUGAAAGUUUCGUCAGUGAAUUUAUCAAGACGCCAAACAACGGACUGCAUCUACUCAUAAAGUUAUUACGUCAACUACAAAAUACGUCACGUCAGAAAUCUGCUUCUGUAGCAAGUAAAGAAUCUCGCUUAGAAGAAUUUAAGAGACAGUUGGCUGAUGAACAUGAUUGUCUACUGUGUAUAAAGUUUACUUUACGAUGUCAGUCUGCUGUAGGAAUCUUGGUUGGAGAAAUGGAUCAUCUGCAGAUUAUAUCAUCAAGUUUAUUAAGUAAUACCAUUAAAUCAAGAGUUGUCACCCUUGAGAUAAUGACCCUAUCGCUGAGUGUUCCAGAUGGCUUUGAUCGUGUAUUUGAGACCUUUACCUAUAUGAGAUUAAAGUUUGGUGAAUCUGUACGAUUUAAACUCCUGAUUAGCAUGUUGUUUACACAUGGCUAUGGUCAGAUCGUCUUUCAGGUAUCAGCAAUGAGGUUUUUAAACACGUUAAUAGCAGCUAGUGGAUCGGGUAAUCUUAAAGUGUAUCUACAACAAGAGCUAGAAAUGGCGGGACUUGAUAUUGAUAUUUUGUCUAAGUUUACAAGAGGCGAUGGUUUAGAAUUUGAUGAUUUGAGACGAGAAGUAGAAGAAUGGAAGUUUAGAUAUAUAGAUGUCGAUAGUUUACUGAAGAAACCCAAGCCUGAUGUUUGGUCUAAAGAAGAACGGCCUAGAUUUAGUGAUCAGGAUUCAAGAUUGACACCAAAUACUCACCAAGACGACCAGGUUAUACCACCAAAUACUUACCAAGACAACCAGGUUAUACCACCAAAGCCAUAUCCUAAUGCUUCACGAGAAUUACCUCCCGUUCCAAAUUUCACCGAAAUUCCUGCCAAUUCCCUCCAGCUGCUGAUGUCUUUGAUUCAUCAACAGAAACAGGAAGCCAAAAAUGACAUCAUGCAAGCUUUAAAUGACAGUAGACGUAACAGUAAUGAUGAUGACGACGAUGAUGAUAUGACGUCAGAUUAUAAUACCGACCAAGAACUUUAUAUUGCGCAUGUGUAUAAAAAUACCGAUGACUGUUUCAGCGACAGUUCCAAAGACAACACCCUCCUUAAUCUUGAUCAAAUCCGUCGCCAUUCCGAAGGUAUGGUAUUACUGCGCAAGAACAGGGUUCCGGAUAAUGAAAACAUUUAUGAAACUUUAAACACACACCCGUCGACAGUGAGAACUAAAGAACUAAUAGACCCGUGUGGCCUUGAAGUGCAGAAACGACGUGCAUCGGUUAAAACGCUAGGAAGUUUAAAUGGCAACUGGGUUUUAAAAUCCCAUUUAUCGAUGCCCUCUCUCAACACAAUCGAAAGACCAACUUCUGAAAUCAGAGGCGAUGGAUCAGGGGCCAGCGAUGGAAAACCCAAUAGGUACCCUGUCAUUCUUACCGAACGGGUUGGACAACCGGAUGGUGCCGAUCGCUCCCCACGAACUCCGCCUGAACCGGAACCAGAUUAUUCACCGGAUGUAACACCAAAUGGAACAAUGGCGAAAUGCAACAGUGAGGCGAUUAAGCUAUUAAAUGAUUUUGAUAAAAUGCUCGAUCAGCAUGAAGCAAAACCGAAGACUCGGUCAUCCAGAGAACCAGAUUAUAUUCCUUCUGGUACGAUAACGUUUGUGUGAUGAUCGAGAGUGAACGCAGCAAAAUUAAAGAUAUUUAUUUUAAUAACAAUUACAUUAAUUGUACUUACUCAUCUUUUUCAUUAAAAGAAAAUCUUUGAUGAUUCAUCCUAAUCUCAUCAUCUGUGGAACUUUCGUAGCACCGUCGUUGUGAGUGCUUGGAACACUAUAAUGGUGCUCAUCUGUCCAUCCGGAACGUUCUGAAUUAAAGGAAUUGAGUCCUGUUACAGUGUUGUGUGAGCAGAAUCAGAUAAUUAACCUAUGGCGAUUGGUUAAGAUAGUGUCGUUUGCUUGUCAUUAGUGGGCCAAAAGUCCCGAGUGAUUAAGAGAAUUAAAUUCCGGGACGUUAAAUAGACGAUCCCCUUUCAAACAUAAACGUGUAUUCUUUAUUAUAAAAUAUAUUCGGUGUAUAUUCCGAUUGAAUGUUACAGAACAUGCCAAUUAGGUAAACACGAGAAUUUCAGGCGACAAGGCAUGCGAUGGCUAUCUCGACCAAACAUCAUAGCUGAAACCUUUGAUUACUUCACAAUUCUCCAAACACCACGCCCACACCUGUUUCCAGAUAUGAUAGAACUGUGUCAGGACCCAGUCCCGUGCGAUAUGAUUGCAAUUCCGUGCAUUCGGAACAUUCUGAAGAGUUGACAAUCUACCACCCCCUCAGUUUCAUCUGCCAUGAUGUGCAAUGUCGAGCAAUCCGUCCAAACAUUUAUGUGAUAAUCUUAAAUGAAUGCAGCAAAAUCAAAGAUAUUUUUUUUUAAUUUAUUUUAAUACCAAAUAUUACUUGUUUAUUAUUGUAAAUUCAUUUGUGUAUUUAUGUCAAUUAUUUGUGGAAGUUUAAAUGAGUCCAAAUCUACUUCCAUAGUUACAGUUGUUACGCACUAGAUGUUUAAAUGGGUCUAAGUCUACUUCCUUAGUUACCGUUGUUACGCACUGGAAUUUUAAUAAUAAAUUUAUGUGAAAUGAAAAGAAAAGGGGUUUAACGUCCUACUUUUCUGUACCCACUGGGCUAAAAAGAAAACGAGCAAACGCCAUGUAGUGUGCUAUAUGUGAAAUUUUGCCCGGAUAGCCUCGCUACUACCUACUCCUAUUUUAAAUUCCAACUGUCAAGGGUUCUUUUACGUGCACUCCAAUGCACAUACGGGAAAGAAAUAUUGGUAUGGAAAACAAGACCACUGUCUUAAUUUGUUUUUUAAAUUAGGGAAAAGGACCCAGUGUAACUUAUUGUUGUGUGUGACAUCCGUAAUUAUGGUCUAAAUCUGCUUCCUUAGAACGAGACCACUGACUUUAUUUGUUGUUUAUUGUAUAAUUAUUGUUGUUCCUUAGUUACCGUUGUUAAGGAUUGAAGUACAGACUCCGUGUAUUUAUUGUUGUUUGUGAGUGACAUAUGUCAAUCAUCUGGUUAU